AUGGGAUCCAUGGCUACUGUGCUUCAGGACCCAGUCACUCUGACUAACUGUGUCCUCAUUGACCAUGAUGAUUUUGAUACAUACAGGGCCUCCAGCGCAUUCAUCGUGUUCCGCAGCCGCACCAUCCCACAGCCUCUCGUCUCCAAGCCAUCUAGACGUUCACCAGCUGAGGAAUUUGAUCGGGGCAUUAAUCUAGAUGCUAGUCUUUAUCCAACUUUGUCCAAUAAUAGGCAAUGGGAUAGUCAUCAUGACAAACGCCUCACCUCUGAAGAGGAACAUCCUCAAUACCCUAGCCUUGCUGAGCCUUUUGUCCCUGAUCUUGCAUCAGUUGACCUCGGGCUCGACCUUGAGCCUGAUCCCGUUGUUGACCUCAAGACCAAAAGCCGACAUGGUACCCUUGAUCUCUCAUCAGUCGACCUUGAGCCUGAUCCCAUUGUUGACCCCGAGACCAAAAGCCGACAUGGUACCCUCGACAAGGAUCAUGUCCAGUAUCCUUGUCUUGUUGAGCCGGUUGCUACUGAUCUUGCAUCAGUUGACCUUGAGCCCGAUCCUCUUGCCUACCGAGCUUGUCUGGCAUCUUUGGCAACACUUCCUUGUAAGACAUCUCUUUGCACUGCAAAGUUAGAAGCUGCUGGUUCCAACAAUCAGCCUCCUGCGCAACCACCUCCAUCCCCCCAACAUUCUGUCAACUUCCAUGAGAUGUUGACUACUACCGAUUUUCUCUCACAGUUCCAGCACUCGAGCAUGGGGAGGAGUGAAAAUGCAGAUACUCUGACUUCUGUAACAAGUGAAGAGACCAAAUCAGACAGGUUGGCUCUGGUCCCAGCAACCAAGUAUCGUGAACAAAGUCCAUUUGAUAGAGUGGACAUCCUUACUAAGAGUAAUACAACAGUCACUACUCUGAAGGAUUCUCCUGCCUUAGAUGAUGCUAUUGGUUUCUUUGAAACUCAUCACUGUGUCAUGCCAACAAAUGGUCUGUACAAACUACAUCCUGGACAAGCUUCUGAUCUUGAUUGGUUGGAAUGUAACAUGGCUGGUCUAUUUGAUUUAGAUCCUGCCCAUGUGCCACAACUUAGACCACCAGAUUUUGAAGCUUACAAGUCAGGCAGGCAACCAUCUGUUCUGUUUGUUCCUGAAACGCCUAUCAACUUUGUCAUUGAGUCUACUCCACUGCAAGACAAACCCAUAGACUUGACUUGCAAGUUGUCAUCCUCUGAACCUUGA